CGAGCAACAGGACGCUGACUUUUGUUGAGUUAACGGCCACAGGUGUCACUGUUAACAAAACAUUUCUGAUUCUUACAAACAGUCCCUAUAAUACAUCCAUCGGCUUGUACCCUGUGACAAGUUGCCCCUCUCUCCCCUAUUUUCAUUCAGAGUGUUAUUGAACUAUCUCUUAUAUCAUUAUUUUUGGUAACCUAGCAAACUGUUUAAAAGCCUGUCUGGUUCUCUUGUAUUUAUUUGAAUAUAAAUCUAUUAAUUUGAGACCUAUUUUCUCAUUACAUGUUGCCAUGGCAGGCCACUUGCUUUUAUCUCAUCCAUAAAGCCAACAGAAAUAGCCGGAGCCCUCAGUGCUGCUGCAGUGAGCCGGACUGGAGGCAGUGGGGGGCAAAGUUCACAAGCAUGGCUCUCAAGUAUCAGGUGACAAUGUGGGAAAGUUGGACAUCACAAGCUGCUUAAAUCCAAACCCCCAAACAAGACGACAGACAAGGAGGAGAAGAAGUCAGCAUGACAAGUGAGAGGGUUUCAGCGCCGAGCGAGGAGGAGGAGGAGGAGGAGGAGGACGCGGCAUUGGGAUAUUACGACGACGAAGAUGACCUGGAGGCGUUUUCAGACACCGAGCUGGGCUGUGAGGACGGAGUGUUGGGCUUCAGUGAUUCUCUGAAUGGAGAGGUCAAACCUCGUAUCCUGUUGAUGGGCCUGAGGAGGAGUGGGAAGUCCUCCAUCCAGAAGGUGGUUUUCCAUAAAAUGUCACCUAAUGAGACCCUGUUCCUGGAGAGCACCAAUAAGAUCUGCAGAGAGGACGUCUCCAGCAGCUCCUUCGUCAGCUUCCAGAUCUGGGACUUCCCCGGCCAGAUCGACUUCUUCGACCCCACCUUUGACUACGAAAUGAUCUUCCGAGGCACCGGAGCGCUAAUCUUUGUCAUCGACUCACAGGAUGAUUAUGUGGAGGCUCUGAGUAGACUGCAUCUCACAGUGACCAGGGCCUACAAAGUCAACCCGGAAAUCAACUUCGAGGUGUUCAUUCACAAAGUGGACGGCCUGUCAGACGACCAUAAGAUCGAGAAGCAGAGGGACAUUCACAAACGAGCCAACGAUGACCUCGCAGAUGCAGGCCUGGAACAAAUACACCUGAGCUUCUAUUUAACCAGUAUAUACCAUCACUCCAUAUUCGAGGCUUUCAGUAAAGUGGUCCAGAAGCUUAUUCCACAGCUACCCACGCUGGAGAACCUGCUCAACAUCUUCAUAUCUAACUCCGGUAUUGAGAAGGCCUUCCUAUUCGAUGUGGUCAGUAAGAUUUACAUCGCCACAGACAGCAGUCCAGUGGAUAUGCAGACAUAUGAACUGUGUUGUGACAUGAUCGAUGUGGUCAUUGACAUCUCCUGCAUCUAUGGUCUUACAGACAGUGAAGCUGGUUUACCCUAUGACAAGGAGUCUAUGGCCAUUAUCCACCUGAACAACACUACAGUCAUGUACCUGAAGGAGGUCACCAAGUUCCUCGCCAUGGUCUGCUUCGUCCGCAAGGAAAGCUUUGAGAGGAAAGGACUGAUUGACUACAAUUUCCACUGCUUCAAGAAAGCCAUCCAGGAGGUUUUUGAUGUUCGAGUGAAGGUUCAACAGAAUCGUAAACUUCUCAGUCAGAGGAGGUGGAGCAAAUUGACUAUGACCAAUGGAGUGCUCAGCAACCCCCACUGAUGACAUCACAACAGACAGCCAAAUGUACCCGAGCUGCACCCUGACCAAUCCAGGAGACUCAACCCGACUCCACACCGUCUCAUUGGACAGACAUUAGACCCGGGGGACUGGCGGCCAUCGUGGAUUUGACUUCUCACGGUCCCCAGAGGUCAAAUCAGACUUCCGUCCACAUCUGAAAAUAAACAUUAUGGUAUGCACUAUCUCUGUUGUCUAUAAUAUGAGAGUUUGAUAUUUAAUUAUUUAUUAUUAUUUAAUAUAAUUGAUAAUUUGUUAAUUUAACUUAAGUUAAUAGUUAUUUUACUGUUAACAAAACAUUAAAUGAUAAUUAAUAAUGUUAAUUAAUUAUUAGUAAUGCUAUAAUUUAUGUUAUUUUAACAGUUUAUUGUGGCAUGUUAUACAAUUUAUAUACAAAAUUAUAGUAUUUGUUAAUGAUCACUAAAUUAUUUUGAACCUUUAAGAAACUGUUUGUGAAACAUCUAUAAAUAUUACAUAGAAAGAUAUUUGUAAGUAACGAUUUAUUAAUUGUUAAUAUCUGGUAUGUAAACCAUCUAUAAACAUUAUUUGGAUAUAGUUAUUAUAAAGUUGUAACUGAUGAUUAUAACACCUUGUUAAAUGCUUGAUAAAUACUUUGUAAAGCAUCUAUAAUUAUUAAUAAUUUAGAUAGUUAAUAGUUUGUGGUUAAUAAGGUUUCCUGUCCAGCUAUCUAUGUAAUAUUUAUAGAUGUUUUACAAACAAUUUCUUAAAAAUUUACAAAUCAUUUGGUAAUCACUAACAAAUACUUAAUAUAUAAAAUGUUAUCUGUGCAACAAUAAACGGAUAAUAAAUAGUUUACUAAUGUAAUCAGUCUGUAAUUGUUAUGGUUUAUCAACUAUGAUACAAUAGAUAAUUUAUAAAGUAAUUCAUUAUUAAAUAAAAAUAUGUAAUAUUACAUAAACUAAUGAGAAAAUAAAAAAUUAUAGCAUUACUAAUAAUUUGUAAACAUUAUUUAUCAUUUAAGUUUUGAACAUUAAAAUAACUACUAACUAAAGUUUAAUUAACUAUCAAUGUACCAUUUAUAUAUGAUGGUUAUUAUAAUGUGUUAUUACACGGCUGUGUUGAAUACUCGAUUCUGAUUGGUCAAUCACAGCGUUCUCCGGUCUGUUAUUGUUUAAAGCAGAUUGUUGCU